ACGGCUUAUGAGGACCCAAAUCCAUCCAAGAGCUCGAGAAGUAAUUAAAAAAAAGAACUUCUGCUCGUCUUCUCGGCGGCUGCAACAGCGACCAUCGGCCGGCGCCUCUCCGAAUCGCCGGCCAUCGAUUCAGGCGAGCUUCCCGUUCCCUCCCUUCACUGCAAGCCCAAGUUUGCCGCUUCUAUUCCCCAGUUCGUUUCUUGACACUCUCUCUAUAUUCACGGUCCAACCCUAGCUCAGAUGAGCCGCCGCCGUCACCCGCCGUCGCUAGCGCCGGCGGCCCCACUGGACGACGAGGACCUCCUCCGCCUCCAUCAGCAGCCAUCCUCCCUCGCCCGCGCCUCCUCGGUCUGCACGCGCUGGCGCGGCAUCCUCUCCGACCCCCAAUUCCUCAAACGCUUCCGCAAACACCAUGGAAAACCUCUGCUCCUCGGCUUCUUCGCGGGGCCUGUUUUCAGAGACCACGUCUUCACUCCCGUCCCGGACUCGCCCGACCGCAUCCUUGUCGCACGCUUCUCCAUGACCAUGCCACAGAGCCACAACCCCUUCGACCGCUGGGACUUGGUCGGCUGCCGCCACGGCCUCGCCGUCCUGAUCAACAAGUGCCGGAAGGAGGUUGUCGUAUCGGAUCCCCUAACCGGCCGGCAGCAGUGCGUGCGUUUUCCACCGGGGCUCUGCGACGCCCUAUGGGGGAUUUUUUGUGACUGGCACGGAGCGGUGCUGUGCGCUGACGGCGAAGAUGGGCAUGUGCAUGGCGAUUGCCUAUCGAGCCCGUUCAAAUUGAUCUUGAUACGCAACGAAGACAUGCGGACAUUCGGCUCUCUCUACGACUCGGUGUCUCGUGUUUGGGGAAAUAUUUUCUCGGCGACUACAAAUAGUAUUUGUAGUAUAAGGUCCAGCAUUCUUGCCGGGAAUGCACUUUGCUGGUUGAUUUCGGGAGGUGCUGUCCUUGUGUUUGAUUUGGAAAUGCAGAACCUUAGCGUGAUCGAGAAGCCAGCAGAAAACCAUGUUAUCACUAGCUGGUGUUUGCAGCUAGUAUGGAUGGAGGAUGGCGGACUUGGCCUCGCUGUUUUGUCGGAGCUGACUGUCCAAUUAUGGGUGAGGAAAUCUAACCAUGAUGGUUUUGUCGGAUGGGUGUUGCUGCAGAAAACCAUUCCACUGGAGGGGAUGUUUAAACGGAGAAUGUGUAGUGACCGCACUCUUUGUGGGGUAUGAUGAGGACACAAAUGUGAUUGUUCUGACUACCAUGAUUGGCAACUUCAUGCUCCAACUUGACUCGAUGCAGCUCAAACAUAUUGUUGAAAGAAACAACAUAUGUUUCGACACCUUUUGGCCCUGUUUGGUUCGGCUAUGGAUUUCUAAAAGCAGAUGUGAAAAAUCUGAUGUGGAAAAACAGCUGUGGAAAAUCUGAUAUGAAAAGGAUGUAGGUCAUUUGGCAAACCAACUGAUACAGCUUUUUCAGAUUUUGGCCCACAGCGGAAUCAGAUUUUGGAAAGCACGUCCUGGCCUGCUUCCGCUUUUGGUUCAGAUUUUGACAGCGGAUUUUUGGGAUCGGAUUCUGCUGGGUUCGCCCUUUGGUUCAGAUUCUGCUGCGCGGUAGCGGAAUCCGUCGAUAAAAGCUGAACCAAACAGGGCCUUUAUCCCUACACGAAUUUCUACACUGCAGGUAGGAGAAUUGCUGGUGGAGAUGGUGGAGCUGAAAAUGCAAACACAUGAGAUCUGCUAAUGUGCCUAAUGUGCUAUGUUGGUUGAACAGGUAUUUGGAGUUUUCUUCGGUUUGUUGAGGCGCAGAAAUGCGGAGAUGGCUCUUUUGCUGUAUGCCCUUCCGCUUUUGUGUGUUGUGGCUGCUAUUGUGGCCGGCACUGACGUUGACAAUAUAUGGAGCAGUAUGUAGGUUCUUCCGCUUUGUAUGAUGCGUCCUGUGAAGUGGACUUGUAGGAUUUAGUAUGUAAUUCGCUAACUUCUCUGAAUUACAACUAUCUACUAAUAUUUUCAGGGACUAUUAAUCCGGUUGCAUGCCUAGAUAGUGUUUGUGGAGUUGCUUCUGUUAGUGCCUGGAUCUGUCAGUGUAUUAACACCUUGUGGUUCAUUUGCUUUAUGUCUCAAUAACGCGGGCCUUUAUA